CAGAAUGGAUCAUCUGCUGAGGACGAACUGCAUGAUAUAGGAGAGCACCAGACCAUACAAGGACCAGAGGCUGACAGACCCAACCCAAAUCCGUCACAGGAUGGAAAUUGUGGAGAUGACCUUUUGUACCCUGGAGCACCAAUUACCAAAGGUCAAAGUUUGCUCCUUCUAAUGGCCUACGUCCUGAGGCAUAACCUGACCGGGAUCGCUCUGGACCAUCUUUUACGGAUUUUUAAUGAACUUUUCCCUGCACUGAUAGCAGCAACCUCGUAUCUCUUCCAUAAAUCCUAUGGCGAGUAUGUGCCCCAUUUCUACUGCCAUCAGUGUUCAAAUUAUAUUGGAACAAAUGAAUGUGGUUUGACACAAUGUGUUCUGUGUGAGGCAGAAUUUGAUGUGGUUGCUGGUCUAGAAAAGGGUUCAUAUUUUUGGUUACCAGUUUAUCUUUGCAAAUUAAAGAGAUUCUGGAAAAACCCAACAUCAAAAUCCAAAGACAUACAUCAACUCCAGGUUUAAUUUGUGAUGUUUAAUGCGGAGGGGAGUAUAGAAGGCUUAAAGAUAGUGGUGAUAUAGGUGAUGAUGACAUCAGUCUGAUCUGGAACAGUGAUGGCAUCCCUGUUUUUAAAAGCUCUAGAUGCCAAAUAUGGCCUAUUCAGUGCCAAAUCAUAGAACUACACCCUACAGACAGGAAGAACAACAUAUGUGUUCCUUGUCUUUGGUUUGGAGAGAGCAAGCCUAAUAUACAUACUCUCCUAAUUCCAUUUUUAAAAGAGCUACAGGAACUUCAAAGUAAUGGGAUCACCUGGAGAGAUGGUUGCUCAAAGGUGCAUGCACUUGUAUGUAGUGCAGAUUCAGUUGCAAGGCCACUUCUCCAAAAUAAGAAACAGUUUAAUGGCAUUUAUGGCUGUGACUUCUGUUACCACAGAGGUGGAGGCUCCUAUCCAUAUGUUAUUCCUGAACCCUGUCUUCGUACAGAAGUUGAGCAUUUUGUUAAUGCCAUGAAUGCAACACCUCAGCAGCCCAUAAUGGGAGUGAAACGACCAAGUCAACUAAUGAAACUAGACAAAUUUCAAAUGGUGCAAGGCUUUGUUCCAGAAUAUCAGCAUAGUGUAUGCCUUGGAGUUACAAGACAGCUGACUUCUCUGUGGUUAGAUUCCACAAACCAUCAGCAUGGUUGGUACAUAGGCACCCAAACUGAGAAAAUUGAUGAAGUGCUUACAAAAAUUUCACCACCAACUGAGAUCACAAGAGUACCACGAUCUAUGCAAGAAAGGAAGUUCUGGAAGGCAUCUGAAUGGAGGUUGUUUCUUUUGUUUUAUGCUUUGCCUGUUUUAAAUGGCAUCCUCCCCAGAAAAUACUGGAAUCAUCUUUUUCUUUUGGUUUUUGCAGUAUAUCAUCUACUGCAAGAAAGGAUCAGAGAGGCCAAGGUGGUGAUAGCAUUGAAAAAAUUUGUCAGGGAGUUUCAGGGGUUAUAUGGCACAGCUAAUGUGUCAUUUAAUGUGCACCUCAUGACACACUUGGCUGCGAGUGUAAGGAACUGGGGACCAUUGUGGGCCACAUCCACAUUUUCCUUUGAAUUUUUUAACGGCACCCUUUUGACAUAUUUCAAUGGCACCACUCAUGUCCCUGUCCAAAUAAUGAAAAGGUACCUUAGGGAGAGGAGUCUCACAAAGAAAGGAGCAACAGUUAUGCAAAAUGCUAACAAGUAUGUCGAAGAUCUUUUCUGUGAACUACAGGGCAGAAAGUGUUCAACUGACAAAUCAGUUCAGAUCAGUGCCCAUGUCAGAGUUUUUGCUAAAUCAGUACAGACAGAUGUCUCGGUUUUACACAUGCUUGGAAUAGAAGACCUACUAGGUGUUAGAGUGAAACAAGCCUACUACUACAACCGUUUCAUUGUGAAAGGAAUACUGUAUCACUCUGACACAAACCACUGCCUACAGAAAAGAAUCAACUCUGUUGUUGAGUUGCAGAAUGGCACAUUAGUCAGAAUUGUGAAUUUGGUCGUUUCUGGUGUAACACACUGUGUUUUGGUCAAGGAGCUUGUUAAGUCUGGGAGAAAGCUGUGCAGAAACACAACACUUAAUAUUGCAUCAAGCUUUGUGUAUCAAGUGUCUGAGUGCAAUAUAGUGUAUGCCAUCCAUCCAGAGUCACUGACUCGCAAAUUUGUCAUGGUUAAGUGCAGGGAGAAGGUAUAUGUUAUUCCCCUGCCAAACAACAUUGAACGAGACUAAUGUGGCAUCAAGACAAUUGUCAUAAGCUGAAUACUGCCAAGAAGUCCUGAGAUUCCAUGAGACCUAUUGAAUUGACAUAUAAAUACAAUAUCGGUACAAACAAUUACUGUUCUUUACCUGUUACAUAAAGUGACCCUUCUGUCAAUUAAGUGUUUGUGCAUUAAUACAUGAUGGUAACAAAUAAAGUUAACUAUAUGUCUUACUCA